AUGGCCUUCAAAUCUUUUGAGCAAUCGCUCCCCCACAGUAACACGCCCAAGUUCAAGCAGCAGACUUUUGAUGAAAUCUACGGCGAGCCAGAGAACUUUCUUGAAGUCGAGGUCAUCAACCCUCUAACACAUGGAAUGGGUCGAAAUGCCUUUACUGACUACGAGGUGGUGUGCAGAACCAAUAUCCCGGCAUUCCGCAAACGUCUGUCGCGAGUUCGCCGUCGUUACUCCGAUUUUGAGAGCUUUAGAGCUGCAUUACAGAAUGAGUCCUCCAGAGUGGUGAUCCCUCCAUUGCCUGGGAAGAUAUAUUUGGCAAAGAAUCGACUUGAUGAUUUGGAAAUUGAACAGCGAAGAGAAGGGUUGGAAAAGUUCUUGUCAAUUAUAGCUGGUCAUCCGCUACUUCAGACUAGUAAUUCCAAAUUGUUGACUAGUUUUAUUCAGGACCCAGUGUGGGAUAAGCAUCGCUGGCUAUGA